AUGGCGCAAACUAUCACGAAUGACGUCAAAGAAUGUCGGCCCCAAAAUGCAACAGUUGCAGUUUCAUGGAAACAGGAGAUAAAGAAGUGUUCAGUAAAUAGAAAUGAACACAUAUUUGGUUUCGAAUUUCAAGCAAAACGAAGAAGAAAGCCAACUAUAGGAAAGUUGAGCCUUAGCAUAUCAUUGACGAGAAGAUUUCACACUUUGCCGAAGAUACCGAAUAUACCGGACGCAAAACAUCGACGGCAACAAGCCGGUGAUUUAGCAACCAAUUUUGAUCCUUGUAAAAUUACACAACUUUGCCAAAAUGGUGGUACAUGCGUGUCAAAAAAAGGAGCCUAUUACUGUCAGUGUCUUCCAACUCAUUAUGGAAAAAUAUGCGAAUUUUUGGCUGAUCAAACAAGCUGCGAGAAAAAUUUAUGUCAAAACGAUGCGACAUGCUACAGCAUUCAGCAAAAGCGUCAGAUUGUGACUGCUAUGGAAGGAAGUGAUGAUAUGAAAAAUUUUACCGAUAACAUCAAAAAUUUUGCCGAUACAAAAGUAAUGCAAUGGGUUCAAUAUGAAUGUUGGUGUCGACAAGGUUUCACAGGUUCGCUAUGCGAAUAUUCGGAAGAGUUGCGUGAAUGUGAGCAAGAUUACUGUCUACAUAAAGGAGUCGGUAAAUUUGUGAAUAUGACAGACGGUACCAGGGAAUGUGAUUGUCAGUGUCAGGAACAUCAUACUGGAAAAAGAUGUGAAAUUGUAUUACCAUGUCGAGAUUACACUUGUUUUAAUGGUGGUAUUUGUGUGAACGAAUUAAUACUGAAUAGUACUAAUGAAGAAUUGACCUAUAAGGCCAGAUGCAAUUGUCCACCACGUAAUGUUUACGGAGUAGCUGCUAAUUUUGAAGGUGAACAAUGUGAACGAUUGACAGUUGUUGAUAAUGAGCGGAUUUAUGACGAAUGUUUUCCAUGUCGAAAGAAUGCGAAGAAUUAUGCAUCUGAUUGCUUGGACGAGUAUACUCAGAAUGCAACAUUGCAAUAUAUGAAUGAAGUUCUUAAAGCUUGCGGUAAACCAUGCGAAUCCGCAGCACGAUUUUGUCUCAAUGGAGGUUUAUGCGAUGUAGAAGGACAUCUUAGUAAUACAUUUAUAGAGAGUGAUUUGAAAAGAAUAUACUCUCGACUAACUCCAAGUCUUUUAUUAGACUUGGAGUUAGUCGAGAGUGAUGAUAAUGUAACAUCUUACAUAAUUCCUGUCUGUCAAUGUGUUGGCUUAGAUGAAGGGAUUCUAUGUGAAAGACAUGUAAACUCGCCAUGUGAUGCAACCACGUAUGAUCCACGUACGCCUGUGUUACACGGAUAUUUUGCAGAAGAAAAAUGUGGCGAACAUGGUACUUGUGUUGGCAAAACGAUGCACAAUUAUGUAUGCGACUGUUAUGAUGGUUGGACCGGAGAAAAGUGUGACAUCGAGGAGCCGUGCCAUAAUCAUGCCUGUUCACCCGGUAGUUUAUGUGUUUCGGUACCGAUCGAACAGCGUGAGAAGUAUUCUCUAGGAUAUACCUGCUUAUGUGAGAUAAAUCAAGAUCCUGACUUCACUGGAUCUAACAAUACAGUGAAAUGCAUAAAAACUGAUUUUGGCGUAUGCGCCAAUCGUAUGUGCAAGAAUGACGGUCUCUGUUAUCCCUGCGAAACAUCCGACCUGAACAAUUUACAACUUUGUUCUGAUGAAGAGAAACGUCGUGGAUUCAGGUGUCUCUGUCCACAUGGUCUAUUGUCUCCAUUUUGUGACAAAGAGGCAGAUGCAUGUGAUGGAAACAAAUGUCAGAAUGGAGCAGAAUGCGCUGUCGAUCCGGAAAACGAAUUUAAUUAUGUAUGUCGUUGCCGUCUUGGUUUCAGUGGUACAUUUUGCGAACAACAAUUAUCUCCAUGUAUAAUGCAAGGUUUGCAAACUUGCAUGAUGGGUACUUGUGUACAAGAUCUCAGUUUUGUGCGCGGUUUCCGGUGCGAAUGCAUGGAUGGUUACGAGGGUAUCAAUUGCGAUUUACCAAAGAGAACUGAUAUUGCGGGCUUCAUUCGUAGAAAUUAUUGGUGGACAUAUCCAUUAACUGUUGGAUUAGUCCUUACACCAACGGUCAUUAUCCUCAUUGUUUUAUCGGAAGAUCGUGCUAAGCGAGAAUACGAGUAUAAAUUAGCCGAGAAACAAUAUCUAGAAGAAGCUAAACAACGCCUGGAAAAAAUAGAAGAAAAAAGUUCAUGUUUUGAAACUGCAAAAACACAAACGAUGAGUAGCGCAACCCAGAGUAGCAAUAGCAUCAAUGGACGACACAUAAGUCCUAGAUCGGAACUAAUCAGAACAACCCAAACAGAAACAUUUGUGUGA